AUGGAAGCAACUUCACAUAGCAAGGACCACUUAGACACAGGAACAAGAAUAGAUACUGAUGGCAACACAAAGGACAAUGAAAAAGAUGAAAUGAUGACAGAAGAGGAUAUAGAUGCAUUCAUACAGUCAGAACAACAGGCAGCAAGUGAAGGAAACAAUGCAAAUACAAAUAGCAGAUACACCCCACAGAUAGGAAUGGAGUUUGACAACCGUGAUGAUGUACACCAUUUCUUCCACUUCUAUGGAUUCCUAGCAGGAUUUGAAGUGAUUGUCACCCAUACAGUCAGAACAACGGACAAGAAGAGAAACAAUGAGAUAGUCAAGGUUGAAAUGAAAUGUCACUGCUAUGGGAAACCUAGAAAGAAGAAAACCAAAGGAGAUGAGGAAGAACAAAUAGAAGUGGACAAAACAAAGAAAAACAAGGGCCCAGGGAGGAAAACAAAUAUACAGAUCAAAACAGAUUGCCCAGUUGUGAUGCUGGUCAAGGAGGAAAAUGGAAGAUGGAAAAUAAUAAGAUUAGAACUAGAUCACAACCAUCCACUAUACCCUGGGAACAGAGAACAACUUUUCAGUGGACACAAAUAUAUGACUGAAAUGGAGAAAGCCAUAAUCAGAACAUUAAAUGCCAACAACAUAGCGACAAGACAGAUGAUAUCCAUACUAUCUUAUUUGAGGGGAGGCGUCACAGCACUACCAUAUAAGAAGAAGGAUGUAGCAAAUUUCAGAACUAAACUAAACAGAGUAAUAUCUGGUUCAGAUAUGAAGCAGGCACUAAACUACUUCAUAGAAAAGAAAAACAAAGACCCAAGUUUCUUCUACAAGUUUGAUGUAGAUGAACAUCUCAGAGUUAAAAACAUAUUUUGGAGAGAUGCAGAAUCACUAAAGUACUAUGCUGUCAGCUUCGACACAACUUACAUGACAAACAAGUACAACCUUCCAUUUGCACCUUUUGUAGGGGUAACAGGACAUGGACAUACCUUGAAGCAAUGGGUGGAAAGCAUCCAACAACCAUAA